AUGGCCACAGCAGGAGGAGGAGAAGAAGCGAUAGCGCAACGUAUGUUACGUAUUACUGACAUCAUCGAUGAGCCACUUCAAUUUAUCGCACCCAUUGGUGGUUAUGAAGAAAUGCCACUGGUUCCACUUGAAAAAGCUGUCGAACCACUUGUUUCUAUUCUACCAACUGUACAAAGUCAUGCAUAUGUUGCCAAACAAAGAUGUGAGAAUCCUGCCGAUGGAUUGACACAAGAUGAAUCUGCCUCAAUCAUGUUAUACACUAUGAGCUGGAAGCCGCUUGAUAAAUGUCUGUAUGUCGCUUUGAACAGUGCAUUAAGAUCCCCAGAUCGUCAGCAAAGUCUUGAACCAUGGUACUUAUUUCUGAGGCUGUUUCUUAAUGCGCUCUUCCGUCUCCCGUCACUACCGAAAACUGCAUAUAGGGGCGUCAAAUUAGAUCUAACCGAGCGUUAUACGAAAGGGAAAACAAUCGUUUGGUGGGGAUUUUCAUCUUGCACAACAACUAUUGAUGUUUUAAAAUCAGCACUAUUCUUGGGAACGACAGGGGCUAGAACGAUGUUUACUUUACAAUGUCUAUCAGCUAGAGACAUUCGAAAUCAUUCAUACUUUCCAGCUGAAAAUGAAGUACUUCUAAUGGCUGCAACUCAAUUCAAAGCAAUGGGUUGUCUUAAUCAAGAUAAUCUUCAUAUUAUUCAAUUGGAAGAAACUACGCCACCAUCUCCACUUUUACAACCGGUACCUAUUAUUGGUUCAUUACCAAUUCAUUUCAAUCCAAUUGAUAAUAUUCCUGCUAAUGCUAGAUGGGGACAGAACGGAGUGACUAUUGCUGGAGGUCACGGGGAAGGGAAUGCUACUAAUCAACUCCACUGGCCUCAUGGUCUCUUCGUUGGUGAUGAUCAAACAGUGGUUAUUGCUGACUACGGGAAUCAUCGUAUUAUGCAAUGGAAGAACGGUGAUACAACGAAUGGACAAGUUGUUGCUGGUGGUAAUGGCGAAGGAAAUGGAUUACAUCAAUUGAAUUGUCCAAUUGAUGUAUUAAUUGACAACGAGACGGAUAGUCUCAUUAUUUGUGAUCAAAGGAAUGAACGAGUUGUACGAUGGUCUCUUCGUAGUGGUACAACACAAGGUGAAAUAUUCAUCGACAACAUCUAUUGUUUUGGAUUAGCAAUGGAUGAGCAGAGAAAUAUCUACGUCUCUGACUGGAAAAAACAUGAAGUAAGACUAUAUCAAUUGGGUGAGAAGAAUUACACUCUCGUAGCUGGUGGUAAUGGUAAAGGUGAUGGUCUUAAUCAACUCAACUGCCCGACAUAUCUCUUUGUCGAUCGACAACAGACUGUCUACGUAUCAGACAACAACAAUCAUCGUGUAAUGAAAUGGAAUAAAGGUGCAAAAGAAGGUAUUGUGGUCGCUGGAGGACAAGGUCAAGGGAAUGCUCUUACACAACUGUAUCAUCCUAAUGGAAUCUUCGUUGAUACGUUGGGUACACUCUUCGUAGCAGACUCGUCGAAUCAUCGUGUAAUGCGCUUGACUCAACGAGACAAGAAACAAGGCACUGUAAUUGUGGGUGGAAAUGGCGAAGGAGCAGGAGAAAACCAGUUCCACUGCCCCUAUGAUUUGUCUUUCGAUCGACAAGGUAAUCUCUAUGUCGCCGAUGAGUAUAAUCAUCGUGUUCAACGAUUUUCUAUCGAAAAAGACUUGUGA